AUGAACGACCCAACCAACCUCCACCCGGGCCAGGGGAAUGUGCAUGAACUGCCCUCAUCUGGCACCACCCUUCGCUCAGAAUCUCUCCCCAGUCUUGGAGACGGCGAGAAGGCUGAAUAUCCUUCCCAAGGCUUAGGCGCUCUGGACUAUGAAGAACGCGAUCUCGAAAGUGGCAACAAUAACACACAAUCAUCACCAACAAAUGAAAAGCCCAAGGAGGAAGCGAACACCAAGGAUCCCAAUCUCGUCGAGUGGGAUGGGCCCGAUGACCUAGAAAACCCCCAGAAUAUGCCCAAGUGGAGGAAAUGGGUCGUGACGAUGACCAUGUCGUCGAUGACAAUGUGGCUCACCUUUGCGAGUAGUGUGUUUUCGACAGCGACAUUGGUAACGGCAAAGGAGUUCGGGGUAUCCACGGAGGUUAUGAUCCUCGCUACCAGUCUCGUCGUGUUUGGGUUUGCUGCUGGACCUUUGCUUUGGUCGCCGCUGUCCGAGCUGUAUGGGCGUAAAUAUCCUCUGUUUAUUGGAUAUGCCUUGUUUGCCAUCUUCCAGAUCCCUGUGGCCGUGGCUAAGAACGUCGAGACCAUUCUCGUCUGUCGUUUCUUGAUGGGCUUUCUGGGAUGCUCGCCCUUGGCUGUUGUUGGAGGCGCAAUGGCGGAUUUUUGGGAUCCCAUUGAUCGCGCCGUGGCAAUUGCAAUGUUCUCUGCGGCUACUUUUGUUGGGCCCGUGCUCGGCCCGAUUGUUGGUGGUUUCCUCACUGAUUCUUACCUUGGCUGGCGUUGGACUGCCUGGAUCACCUUAAUCGCUGCAGGGUCGUUUGGUACCAUCGCUUGGUUCGUGGUCCCGGAGACUUAUCAUCCCGUGCUCCUACAAAGACGUGCUGCUCGACUUCGUCGCGAGACUGGGAACGAGAACUUGUACGCGUUCCUCGACCACCAUAAGCCAACCUUCACCGACAUCGUCCGCAAAUACCUUUUCCGUCCGGUUCAGAUGCUCAUCCUCGAACCUAUUCUAAUACUCAUCACUAUCUACCUUGCGCUGGUGUAUGGCAUCCUCUACCUCUUCUUCGAAGCCUAUCCGGUUUCCUUCCAAGAGGUUCGCGGGUGGACAAACGGGGGUAUUGCCGGUCUUCCGUUCAUUGGAAUCAUGAUCGGAGUUUUCUGCGGUGUGGCACUGAUCAUCUGGCAAACAAAGACUCGCUUUGCUCGCAAACUCGCCAAACACGGCCGUGUUGUACCUGAAGAGCGCCUCAUUCCCAUGAUGAUAGCCUCAGUCCUCCUGCCGGCCGGUCUUUUCUGGUUCGGCUGGACCUCCAAGACGAGUGUUCACUGGAUGGCUCAGAUUGCCGCUGGUGUCCCUAUCGGUAUGGGUAUUUUGGUGAUUUUCAUGCAAGGUCUCAACUACAUCAUUGACGUGUACCUCAUGUUCGCCAACUCUGCCAUCGCGGCCAACACUCUAAUCCGAAGCUCGCUGGGAGGUGCCUUCCCUCUCUUCGCCACGCAGAUGUAUCACAAGCUUGGUGUGGAUUGGGCGUCCAGUCUCCUCGGAUUCAUCACUGUAGCGAUGAUUCCCAUCCCCAUAAUUUUCUUCAUUUAUGGCAAGAAGAUCCGGGCGAUGAGCAAGUUCUCGCCCAAGUUCUAA